AUAAAAUAUAUGUUUAAGACAUUAGUGAAUUGGUUUAGAGAGUUGUUUUUUGGAAAAGAGUUAGAAAUAGCCUUAGUUGGAUUAUAGAAUGCAGGGAAAACUACUUUGGUGAAUACUAUGUCUACAGGAAAGUUUGAAGAAGACACUAUUCCAACAAUAGGAUUUAAUUUUCGAUCUGUUAAGAAAGGGAAAGUAAAAAUGAAGAUGUGGGAUGUUGGGGGAUAGGCUAGAUUUAGAGAAUAAUGGGAAAAAUAUUGUAGAUCAGCAGAUGUCAUAAUUUUUGUUGUUGAUGCACAAGAUUAAGGAAAUUUAGAUAUUGCUAGAUAAUAACUUAAUUAACUAAUAUCUUGGCCUAGUCUAGAGGGUAUACCACUAUUAGUAUUAGGAAAUAAACAUGAUCUUUAAGGAUGGUAACGUCAAUCUCUAUAUUUAUAGUAUUACGGAAUAGGAACUUAUUACACAAAUGAAUUUAAAUUAAAUAAAAGAUAGAUGUGUUGCAUGCUUUAGUAUAUCUGCCAAAAAAAAUACAAACAUUGAUGAAAUGUUAAAAUGGCUUUCAAAACUCGAGAGAAAAAAUAAAUGA